CGUCCGUUGUUUUCCAGCCAGAUAACAUUGUUUACGAACUAGAAACAAAGUUAUAUUUGCGGGUGGCGAAAUUUGGAACUAAAGUUAUUGUAAGCAAUAUUGAAGUGUGGCGAAGACAGCAGCGCUGCUGGUAGCUGCAAAUAAGAUUGUUCUAAAUUCAAAAUGGCGCUGAGAAGUAAAGGUGUAUUCAUAGUUGGCGCGAAAAGAACUCCAUUUUGUAGUUAUGGCGGGCCUUUUAGAGAGAUGCCAGCUUGGAAAAUUUUCGCCUCUGCGGCAAAGGCAGCGAUUGAUUCAGCCAAUGUCGACCCCAAUGCUAUAGACAACACUGUCGUUGGAAAUGUUAAUUUUCUGAGCCAAUGCGAUGGCGGGAAGACCGCGAGGUACUGUGGCCUGUACUCAGGAGUCCCAAUGCAUAAGCCAGCUCUGGGAGUCAGUAAAGCAUGCGGCACUGGUCUUCAGGCCAUUAUUACGAGCGCUUUGGAUAUCCUAACAGGAUCAGCUACACUAUCCCUAACAGGCGGAACAGAGAACAUGUCAUCCCUCCCUCUCUUAGUCCGGAACGUCCGUUUCGGUACAACUUUAGGAGCCUCAUACAAGUUAGAAGAGUACAUCACGGAGCAGUAUUUGGACUCUAAUGUUGGGCUGACACUGCAGCAGAUGGCUGAGGAUGUGGGGGAAAAGUGCGGGGUGUCGAGGGAGGAGGCGGAUCAGUUCGCGCUGCAGAGCCAUUUGAAGUGGAAGGCAGGUUAUGAAAGCAAAGUGUUCAACGAUGAAGUAGUAAGCGUAAAAGCCAAAACGAAGAAAAGAGAGGUAUUGGUGGUUAAGGAUGAAUUGCCAAGGACUUUCAUUACUCCUGAGCACCUUAGUUCUUUGCCACCUUUGAAAGGACUUAAGCUUAUCACUGAAGGGAAUUCCUCGAGUCCAGCAGAUGGCGCUGCAGCUGUACUACUAGCAAACUCAGAAGCGGUGGAACAGCACAACCUUCAGCCAUUAGCCAGGAUAGCUGGCUGGGCUGCCGUGGGAACAGACCCUAAGGACGCGACAGGGGCAGUCCCUGCAGUUAUAAAACUGCUGGAGGUUAUGGAAAUGACUACAGACGAUGUGGACAUGUUUGAGAUCAACGAAACCUUCGCCACAGCCACGCUAGCGACGGCCCGGGAGCUCCGUAUAGAAGACAGGGUGAACCGACACGGCGGAGCCCUGGCUGUGGGCCACGCCCCUGCUGCGACUGGCGCUCGAAUGGCGGUCCAUCUGGCUCAUCAAAUUAGCCAGAAUAAUGUGAAAAGGAGUAUAGCAGCCUCUAGCUGUGGAGGGGGCCAGGGAGUGGCCAUUAUGAUAGAACACAUUUAAAAUUUAUGAACAAAUAUAUAUAAUAUAUUAAAUAAUGUACAGUCAACCAAUUGGAACCCUAGGCCACUCUACAACCAUGUCAAAAUAACAAGCAGUAAGAGAUUUCUUACAAUCUGAUUUAUAACGUCACUGUGACAUAGUUCUACAGUGGCUGACUGUUCCAAUUGGUUGACUGUACAGUUCUCGGCAUACGUUGGUAUAGUUGACUAAAAUUAUUAGUUUAACUUCACCAAUAAUUAUUGAAUAACACCAAAAUUAUAUGUAAUAGCUAACCAUGCCUAAAUAUGCAGAAUGUAUAAUACUCAUGAAAAUACUGCUUAGUAGUACCCAACUAUUUAAUUCAACAUAAUUUAUUGGUUGCUUUAUAGUAUGGUAUAGUAUAUGAAGAGUGUCCUUAAUUAUAAUAUUGUAACAGAAUUUUAUAAUAUUCCCAUGUGAGACAGUCUAGACAAAAAUAUUUACAUUUUUUAUGUAACUGGGAAUUAUAAUUCCAAUUUUUUAAAGCAGACCCUGCUGACUCCAAAUUGGACAGUUACCAAAUAGUAUAAUAAUCAAAUUGAUCAUUGCUUAACCUCUAUUGUACCACUUUUUUUAAUGAUUUCCUCAUAAAUAAUGAUUUUCAAUUGGUGGGGGAGUGUUUGUUUUAUAUAAAGGAAUGAAUUUUGAAAUUAAAGAACUGUGUGUUAUACAAAAACGUAUCAUGUAAUCAUUUAUAUAAUUGCAACUUAAAUGUAAAUUCAAAAUGCUCUUAUGUAUCAUGUUUUUGUCACAGUGUCAUAAAAUAACUCAUAGUUUAAGUAAAAUUAAGGUAAACAUUGCAUACUCAUUAUUUAUACAAUUGUAUGUUUUUUUAUUAUAUAUGUACAUAAUCAGGGCCCGUAACUUUCAUGCCGAUGACAUAAAUUUGACAUCACGCUGCAUAUAGUAUGAUUCAAGAGUUAUAUAUAAUAAUUAAUCAUUAUUCAUCAAUCAUUUUAAUCAUGACUUCAAAACUAAUAUAUUCAUGCGUGAAACAAUUAAUACUUACUCAAUACGUGAAAAGUAAAUUAAAUUAUUUGUUUAUUUUUUACAUUCAUUUUAUUAAUUAUGUUUGUUACUAUAUUUCAAUAAAUUAUUAAAACAAAACAAAUUGUUUCCUUUUCGUUUCACGUAUCAAGUAGGU